CACCCGGGGGCAGAUGACUUGCCCAGGGCUCACUGGAGACCCACCCAUGGAGGCCCAGAGCCCAAGGGUCGGGUUCUGUAUGGGAGCCCUGCGCCGCUCUCCGGAGAGGAGGAGGGCCUGGUAGGCUGUGUUUAUAAUAAAGGAUACAAGAGAGAAGUUGCAGAACGCCGAGACCCGCUUCAUUUCAGGGCGGGGCCAAGAUGCUGGGGAUGGAUGCAGAUCUCUUCUCUCUAGGGAUGGUGAAGUUGGAAAGAGGCUCCUUUAACCCUCCUCCAGGAUGAACCUUCCAGAAAACAUGGGGAAUGCUCUCACAGGGAGCCAGAACUCUCAUGCUUCCUUGCAUGAAGUCCAUUCCAUCAACCCUACACAACUCAUGGCCAGGAUUGAGUCCUAUGAAGGAAGGGAAAAGAAAGGCAUCUCUGAUGUCAGGAGGACUUUCUGUUUGUUUGUCACCUUUGACCUCUUAUUUGUAACAUUACUGUGGAUAAUAGAGUUAAAUGUGAAUGGAGGCAUUGAGAACACAUUAGAGAAGGAGGUGGUGCAGUAUGACUACUAUUCUUCUUAUUUUGAUAUAUUCCUUUUGGCAGUUUUUCGAUUUAAAGUGUUAAUACUUGCCUAUGCUGUAUGCAGACUGCGCCACUGGUGGGCAAUAGCGUUAACGACAGCAGUGACCAGUGCCUUUUUACUAGCAAAAGUGAUCCUCUCAAAGCUUUUCUCUCAAGGGGCUUUUGGCUAUGUGCUGCCUAUCAUUUCAUUCAUCCUCGCCUGGAUUGAGACUUGGUUCCUGGAUUUCAAAGUGUUACCUCAAGAGGCAGAGGAAGAAAACAGACUCCUGAUCGUUCAUGACGCUUCAGAGAGGGCGGCCCUUAUACCCGGUGGCCUUUCUGAUGGUCAGUUUUAUUCUCCUCCUGAGUCUGAAGCAGGAUCUGAAGAAGAAGCUGAAGAAAAGCAGGACAGUGAAAAACCACUUCUAGAACUAUGAGGACUAUUUUUAUUAAAUGUGAAAAACCCUCAUUGGAAGUCACUGGAGGGGCAAAGAGGACUGGAGAUGGGGUCUCCCUAUUGAAAGUUGAAAUGGUGACAUCCCUGCUGACCUUACUGAACAGCUAAUACAGAAUUUAUUUAUUGUAAUACCUCACAUUGUACCAUAUUCAUGUGCAUUGAAUAGCUUGCCUGUGGCUGGUAAGAUGUCAUGAUCCAUCCCUGAUCAGUGAGACUGAGUCUGAUCUGUAAAUGAAUAGUCGCAGAAAAGUCUUGUGCUGUGUUCCUAAUCAGAAGACUUCUUAAUAUAUUGGAGUAACACUUUCUUAGUAAGCAAAAUAUCUUUUUACUUUGUUUUGCAGAAAGGAAUUUUUUGUUUCAUGUCUCAGAUUUCUUUUGUAUUUCUAUUUUAACACCCUACAUUCCCCUUACAUUUUUAAGUUCAUGCAUAUGUACUUUGUACAAUUUUGAAAAAUAAUAAAAUUCAACAUAUCAGAGUGAUUUAUUUUUCUUGUUUUGCAUUAUGUAUUUGGCCUGAGGUGAUAGACUUACAAAAGAGGGAUAGGAGGGAUUGUGAAUACUUGUAACAUGUCACUGGAUAUUUUGUAUUAUUUUUACCAUGAAAUAGUAUCUUUCUCUUAGAAGUAUUGUUCUGAAAUAGUCUGAGAACUCUUAUUUUGAACCCACACUGUGAAAUUGUUUCCAUCAUUUUCCCUCUGUUUGGCUAACUUGAAUUAAAAUGAACUAUAUUGUA